AUAUAAAGUAGGGGAAUGGACAACGGUACGCAAUAUGUAGAUGGAUUUGCUUUACUGGAUCUAUAUGGUUUCAACUUCACUGAUGUCAAGAUCCAGAUGUAUCCUUUACACACCAGAAGAAAAAUUAUUGGCGGAGCGCUUAUACUUCUUACAGUUGUGGUCCUAUUGAGUGUGGGUGCAGUUCUUUUAGUUCCUGAUCGGCGUACAUUUUCAAAAUCAAUGGAGAAAUGUUUCUCUUCGGGUACGAUAUUGCAAUCAACACAAUGUGAUAUUCUUACAUUUUCAAACGACCAUCUUGCACUGCAGUUGGGCGAGCAGCUAACAUUUAGUUUAAGAACCCCUCCUAAUAUUUCAGACACUACAGUACAUUUAGUUAUACAACACAAUGAUAUUCUCCAGCUUAUCCCUACAGACGUAGCGCUGCAGGCCAACCAAACAUCUUACAAGAUCGAAAUAACCGGAACGUCAGCAGGACAUAGUGAAGUCGCUGUAAAUUCGACGAACCCACACAUUGACGUGGCCCAUGCAUUUAUGAGAGUAAAAGUUUACAAAAGCAACAUUCUGGAUAUUCUAUCAUUCACCAUUGGAUGGGUCUAUUUCAUAGCAUGGUCGAUUUCAUUUUAUCCACAAAUCUACACAAACUACAAACGAAGAAGCGUCGUUGGGUUAAACUUCGAUUUCUUAGUACUUAAUAUUGUGGGAUUUGCUUUAUACAGCGUCUUCAAUCUUGGUCUAUUUGCCGUUCCAGAAAUUGAGCAAGAGUACUUCGAAAGAUAUCCAAGAGGGCUAAAUCCUGUGAAAGUUAACGACAUUGUCUUUGCCGUCCACGCAUUUGCCGCCACUUUGUUAACCAUAAUUCAAUGUUUUCUUUAUGAAAGGGCCGAUCAGAAGGUGUCCAUGGUUGCAAGAAUUAUUCUAGGAAUUUACUCUCUAUUUAUAGCAGUGAGCGUCGUACUAUCAUCUGUUAAUGUAAUUCAUUGGCUAGAUUUUCUGUACUACUGUUCUUAUGUGAAACUAAGCAUCACGUUGAUAAAAUACAUACCACAGGCCUACAUGAACUACAAGCGUAAAAGUACAAUGGGGUGGAGUAUAGGAAAUAUAUUGCUCGAUUUCACAGGAGGAAUACUGAGCAUGUUACAGAUGAUUUUGGAUUCCUAUAAUUAUAAUGACUGGGUGUCAAUAUUUGGAGAUCCUACUAAAUUUGGAUUGGGGUUAUUUUCCGUAAUUUUCGACAUAUUCUUCAUGAUCCAGCAUUACCUUUUAUACAAGAAUUGCAACUAUGAAGAAACGCCAACACUCCCAGAUCAUGAUGAGUGUGACACGGAUGAAGAUGAUAAGUAGUAAU